GCUGGGUAGCUUGAAUUUCAAACAUAGAGCCAUUGAGUGUGCCCACUGCGCAGUCUACACACUGCACAGCAACACACAUGGCCUCCAUCAAACUCUCCCUCGCAUGUGUCCUCCUAAUCUCAGGCCUCGUGAUGCUGGAGAGGAUCGAGCACACUGAAGCGGUCUGCACACUGUUCUGCGCUAAAGGGACGUACAUCACCUGCAGCAACCAUCCAUACGAGCAGCUCUACGGGUGCGCCUGCAGAUGCGCGCCGCCGGAUGGCGUCGACUGCGUCGUCCAUCUCGCCGACGGCUCCACGCAGCAGUGCUGAUCGGAAAACGCAGGGAAAGGAUGGUGUCGUCGUCGCUCUUCCACUUGCACGUUCUUGUGUGUGUCACUGUAUGUGAAUUACUUCAUCUGUCCUAAAAUAUAAAGACUUUUAAUUGGAUGCGAUAUAUUUCAGUACUACGAAUCUGAAUAUACUCGUAGUAUUAGGACGUGUUCCAUCUAGCUAAAAACUCUUAUAUUCUAGGACGGGGGGAGUAAGUGGCUGCACGAAACCUGUGUGAGUCGUGUGGCCAUACGUGUGCCUCCUUUGUGUCACUCCUUAAGGUGUGUUCGGAACUCCAAAUUCCCAAAUGCUGUAAUAAAACGAUCAAGAGGAAUCCUGCAUGGCUGCCUCUUGCUUCCUUUGUGUCACAGCUUGACAAGCUUCUGUAUAUGUACUAUGUUCGGUCAUAAAUAUUUAACUUCUAUAA